CGUCGAUCUUGUUUGCUGUCUGAAUUUAUUUCGCUGCUCUAUUUUUGACCUCUUCUUUUCUCAUUCUUGUCUCUUUUUUCUCUGUUGUCUAUCCGGCUACUUGGCUUCUUCCUUUCUUUCUUUGCUUCGUGUAUAAAUCACUUAGAAGUUUCCCGCUCCGUCGUUGCUGUCCUGCUGAAUUCUUGUCUUCACCAAUUCACCCCUUUUUUAAACCUUCAACACGCCUGAAGCCAAUUGCUUUUAACCAUGGCUCCCGCUACUUUGGAACAAGAGAACCAUACUCGUGACGCUGAAUUCAAUCGCGUCCUCCAUGGACAGUCGUCCCAGGCUCAAGGCGGCUUCGCUGCCAUGCUUGGAGGAAAGGACGCCGCUGCGCAGAAGGCUGCGGUUGAUGAAUACUUCAAGCACUGGGACAACAAGGAUGCCGCCGAAGAGACUGAGGAGAUUCGCGCGGCCCGCCGUGCGGAGUACGCUACCUUGACCAGACACUACUACAACCUUGCGACCGAUUUGUAUGAAUACGGAUGGGGUACCUCCUUCCAUUUCUGCCGCUUUGCCCAGGGCGAGCCCUUCCACCAAGCCAUUGCCCGCCAUGAACACUAUCUGGCCCACACCAUGGGCAUUAAGAGUGGUAUGAAGGUCCUCGAUGUCGGCUGCGGUGUUGGCGGUCCCGCGCGUGAGAUCUGCAAAUUUACCGAUGCCAAUGUGGUUGGAUUCAACAACAAUGAUUACCAGAUUCAACGUGCUACUCGCUAUGCUGAGCGCGAGGGACUGAGCGACAAACUGAGCUUCGUUAAGGGUGACUUCAUGCAAAUGAGCUUCCCCGAUAACUCAUUCGACGCUGUCUAUGCCAUCGAAGCUACAUGCCAUGCUCCUGAGCUUGAGGGUGUGUAUAAGGAGAUUCUCCGUGUGCUGAAGCCCGGUGGUGUGUUCGGUGUUUAUGAGUGGCUUAUGACCGACGAGUAUGAUAACGAUAAUGCUGAGCACCGCAAGAUCCGUCUGGGUAUUGAGCAGGGAGAUGGUAUCUCCAACAUGGUCAAGGUGUCUGAGGGUCUUCAGGCCUUCAAGAACGCCGGCUUCGAGGUACUUCACCAUGAAGAUCUGGCUGACCGUCCCGACGCUAUCCCUUGGUACUACCCUCUCGCCGGAUCGUUUAAGCACAUGACCUCGCCUUGGGAUUUCUUUACCAUUGCCCGCAUGACAUGGUGGGGUCGUGGCAUCGCCCAUCGCUUCGUCGGCGCUUUGGAAACUGUUGGACUCGCCCCUAAGGGUACCCAGAAGACCGCCGACAGCUUGGCGUUGGCAGGAGACUGCCUCGUGGCGGGUGGUGAGAAGAAGCUCUUCACCCCCAUGUACCUGAUGGUUGGACGCAAGCCCGAGUAAAUGCUUCUUAGAAUUUGCAUUAUGUGAAACGUCUGUACAAAUACCUCUUUCGUACCAGCAUCCCACCUACAGACGUGGCGGAGUAUUCCCUUUAAUCCGGUGUCAUGUAUUCCAUUGUUGACUUACUUUUCUUCGCCUUGUCAUUAUUAUUACACACCGCCGUGGGACGCUAUGUUUUUUUUUGUUUUCAUCUCAUGUGUUGUCCGAGUUGGCGGACAUUCUACGAGUCACUGCUGGGAAUGCGCCAUGGUGAUGAUCUUUUCCAUUUCGUAUUUCCUUAUUCUCAUGCAAAAUGUGUUUCAAUAGCCGUUGGUCUGCCGCAACAAAAUUCCUUAUCAUGUGUUGAAUAGAGAGAUCUUCAUACACGGGCAAGUUUCGUCAAAAAAUUACCAGUUCAUAAUAAAACCAUGUUCAUUACCCGUAUCGAGAAA